AUGGCGGACGGACUGAUCAAAAGUUCUCGAAAGACACCUACAAAGUUUGACAAUGGAUAUGAACCGACUUUUGACUCCGAUGGCACUCCUACCUGUCUAGGCUGGAAAAUCGAAGAUGUCGCCGACUGGGUGGAAUUUUUAGGGUUCCCACAGUAUCGGGCCUGUUUCAGAGAAAACCUCAUAAAUGGAAGGAAACUUAUAACUGUCGAUGCUUCAUCUUUACCAAGGAUGGGUGUCACAGACUUUGAACAUAUAAAGGUAAUAGCAAAAAAAGUUCGAGAAGCGUUAGGAAUAGAGGAACCUUAUUGGAACCGUAGCAUCUCUCUCCUGCACAGGGAAUCACUUGGACUGUUUCUUGAAAAGAAAAGUAACACUGGUGUAGAAGCAGAUCUGUUGACUUUUCAAGAUUACAAACGCUACUUGCAGAAACAAGAGCCUAGUAAAAACAAAAGAUAAUGCUUCUUCUAGGGAUGUGGCAACCUAGCUUUGCAAGUGUGUAUGUAAAACAGUGAACAUGCCGUAAUUUCAAAUCAUUUUCGUUGGCCUAGAAAUCAUUGGAGAUACUUUAGAAAUCAGUGCUAUUCUCACUAUUUACCUCCUACCAGUGAGAAGGAAGGAAGGAGUGAACCAGAGGCUUCUUUAAGCUCCCUUCCUUUCAUAAUUUGUAACAGAUUGUUUUUCAAUGCAGGCCUUUUUUUUUUCAUCAUUUUCACUGUAUUCAAUGCUCCAAUUCUUGUCUUUCAAAGUCGACAACUUGAAAAUGCACAACAUGUAACAUUCACUUGGUUCCAAUGUCCUCCAGUAGUGCUUGUAACAGUGAAUUGUGAGUGUGGUGGAUAGGGCAUCCUCUGAAUACAUUUUCAUGUAAAAUAAAUUGGUAAGGAAACUUCAA